AUGAGUAGAAUUGUAUCCCCAUUAAGGAUGGAUUCUGCCCUCAACAGCUCAAUUGAAGAGGAAAACGAAUGGGUGCCAACUUGUGCUGAAGAAUUAAAGCCGAAGGUUGGACAACAAUUCAAUACAUUAGAAGAAGGUGAAGAGUUUUACAAAAGGUAUGCACAUAAUGCUGGAUUUAGUGUUCGCUGCUCAUCUGAAACUAAAGACAAAAAUGGCGUGAAGCGCUGGAAGUAUUUUGUUUGCUCAAAAGAAGGUUACCUACCAAAUAAGACAGAAAGUGUGGUGCAAAGUGAAUCCACAGUUAAGCUUAAGGCUAGAAGAAGGAGUCUAACAAGAGAAGGAUGCUAUGCAAGGGCUGUUUUCAAACUGGUAGAGGAAGGUAAAUAUGAACUUAAUAAAUUUCAUGAAAGUCAUACACAUGCACUUGCUUCACCUAUGAAGAGACAAUUUUUACGAUCAGCAAGAAAAGUGAAUCCUGUGCACAAGAGUUUAUUGCGUGCAUAUAAUAGAGCAAAUAUUGGGCCUUCGAAAACUUACCACUUGUUGAAAGAGCAAUUUGGGGGUUAUCAAAAUGUUGGAUGCACACAAAGAGAUCUUCAGAAUUACUCAAGAGAUUUAAAGACUUUAAUUAAAGAUUCUGAUGCUCAUGUAUUUAUUGACAACUUUAGAAGGAAGCAAGAAUUAAAUCCAUCCUUCUAUUAUGCUUAUGAUGUAGAUGGAGAAGGUAGAUUAAAAUGUGUUUUUUGGGCAGACGGUCUUUCUAGAAAAAAUUAUUCUUUAUUUGGGGAUGUUGUUUCAUUUGAUACUACUUAUGAGACAAAUAGAUAUUCAAUGAUUUUUGCACCAUUUACUGGAGUAAACCAUCAUAGGCAAUGUGUUACUUUUGGAGCAGCAUUUUUAGCAGAUGAGAAAGCUGAUUCAUUCAUUUGGUUGUUUGAAAAAUUUUUAGAAGCCAUGGGUCACCAUCAACCAAACAUUAUAAUAACAGAUCAAGAUCCUGCAAUGAAAGUAGCUAUAGAGAAGAUUUUUAAUCAUUCUGCUCAUAGAUUUUGUAUGUGGCACAUUAUGAAGAAAGUUUCUGAAAAAGUUGGUGUUUCAUUGAAUGCCAAUGAGGAGUUCAACACUGAUUUCAAGUCAUGUAUUUGGAGAUCGGAGACAGCAAAUGAAUUUGAAACAACAUGGAAAUCUAUCAUUAUUAGAUUUCAAUUACAAAAGAAUGAUUGGCUCUCACAUAUGUAUGAUAUUCGAAGCAUGUGGAUCCCAGCUUACUUUAAAGAUAUUUUUUUAGCUGGGAUAUUGAGAACAACCUCAAGAUCAGAAAGUGAGAAUUCUUUCUAUGGUAAAUUUUUGAAUCCUAAUGUUAGUUUGGUUGAAUUUUGGAUGAGAUUUGAUUCUGCUAUCGAAGCACAGAGGCAAAAGGAACUACUUGCAGAUAAUGAUUCACUUCACUCACAACCAAAACUGAAGUUGAAUCGCAAUUUAGAAAAGCAUGGAUCAAAUGUUUAUACUCAUGAGAACUUUUAUAAGUUUCAGAAAGAGUUAUGGAUUGCAUGUGUGGAUUGUGGAGUUGAAAGCAAGAAAGAGGAGGGUGGACUGGAAAUAUUGCAUAUAAUCGAUAACAGUCACGCCAAUGCUAAAAUGCGAGAAGUGGCUUAUAAUCCUUCUAAUCACAAUGCAGAAUGCUCUUGCAAAAUGUAUCAAUCUCAAGGAAUACCUUGUAGACACAUACUUUGUGUUCUAAAAGGGAAAGGAUUAAAUGAGAUCCCAAGUAAUUACAUUUUAAAUAGGUGGACUAAGUUGGCAAAUAGAAAACCUAUUUUUGAUACUGCUGAGAAUGCAUUGGAAAUGUGUUCUAAACCAGAAAAUGAGAGGAAGAUCAUUUCAGAUGUAUGGGAUCACUUAUUCAAGUGUGUGGAGAAGGCGGGAAAUAGUAAAGAAAAAUUGCUUUUCGUGAUGAAUGGAGUUAUUGACAUUGAAAAGCAAUUGAACGAGUUUGAAGAGAAUCCUGAACAAGAUAUGGCUGAUGACUUGCAAACUUUUGUUGGAUCCAAUAUUCCUAAAGAAGUGGAAAUCCUUCCCCCACGGGUUUCAAAAACAAAGGGAAGUGGAAGACGAAUCAAAGGUGGAAAAGAGAAGGCUGUAGAACAACAACAGAAAAGAACAAGGCUUUGUAGAACUUGUGGCGAACAUGGAAUUCAUGACAGUCGUAACUGUCCCUCAAAAGCAUCUUCCUAG